AUGCACACGUCAAAAACCAAAACAGAACUCGGUAUAAAACUGAGGUACUUUCUGUUGGCAAAGAGGAAACCACUAACAUUUACAUUUGAGCAUCAGACUGAGAUAAUGAAAGAGAUGCCUGCAGUGAACUCUCUGAUUGGCUCAGCGACAUCAGCCAAUCAGGACGCUUCCUCAUCUGAAGUAGCCAAUCAAAACGCAUCUCAAAACAAGCAGGAUAUCCCUUGCCCGUACAGUAUAUUUGAUCCAGAAGACAGGGACACAACGAACUGUCGGGAGAUCUCUGAAUUCUUGGAGCCACACUCUAAGGAGGAAGAGGAAAGUCUACUUCUUCAAGACAAGCUGCUUGACCGCUACUGGAAGGUUCUAGACAUUGUAACGCCCAGUUCAAGACGUUCUUGCUGCUUCACUAAGGCCUACGGACACUAUGUUGAGGGUACAGGCUCUGUUUUAUUCUCUCAAACAGAUGUAGAUGCAAAAGAAGUAUUCACUAAAGUAUCCAAGUCAGAGGACCAGUCUGAAAGGUUGGAUCUUCUGCAUCAACUGAAGAUGAGGUUCUUCUCUCCCAGGGAAGUAGCCAGCUUACACUGCCUCCCACGGGAGUUCACUUUCCCUCAGGUGACAACUACAAAGCAGCGGUACAGGGUACUGGGAAACAGCUUGAAUGCUCACGUGGUGGCAGAGCUCUUCAAGCUUCUAGUUAAAUAACCUACUAGUAGUAAGUUAAUAUUGCAAUGAUAAGUUAGUAUUGUAAGUAAAUAUAAUACGUAUUAAAUGCCAGACAACGUGAGCUAAUGUUUGCAUAUCUUCCACUGUGUUAUUGAGGGUUGAACUUAUUUGUGAGUGAGCCUUGAUUUUACUUGGUAUUACAUAAUACAUGCCACUAUUAUUCAGGUUAUACAUUUGCAGAUCCAUUUUUUUUUGCAUAUGAGAUGAACUUAAGUCUGUAGAUAGCUAAGAAAUCAUCAGUGUUAUCAAUUACAAGUGACUUUUAUCAGUCUUUAGAAUGUCCAUGUAAGUUGUAUAUACUAGUUAACAUACAACUAGUAAACGCUAUGCUCUUUGUUGGCGUCACUUGGCUCAAAGUAUUUUUUUUCUGCAUACCAGCACUUGCAAUAUAGUAGAUACACAUUGCACACACAUACAUGUACAUGCACCAACACAUGCAUAUACACUCACAGUCUCACACAAACUCACACUCAUUAACACAUGCACA